AUGGAUUUCAUUAAUUGGAUUCAUGGAGCCUUGGUCUCACUUGGCUUCCUUGACAAGCAGGCAAAGCUGCUUCUUCUUGGACUCGACAACUCUGGUAAGACAACACUACUGUACAGACUCGUCACCGAUCGCCUUGGCGCCCUAGAACCUACUCAGCAUCCAACUUCAGAGGAGCUCAGUAUCGACAAUACUGUGUGUACCACAUUCGACCUUGGGGGUCACCAGCAAGCCAGACGCCUUUGGAGGGAUUACACCCCGGAGGUUAGCGGGAUUAUAUUUGUCGUCGAUGCCGCGGAUCCCGAGCGCUUCGCCGAAGCUAAAGCCGAGCUAUGGGCUCUUCUUACCAUGGAUGAGUUAGCCAAUGUUACCUUUUUGGUGCUAGGAAAUAAGAUCGACCAUCCCAACGCUGUAUCAGAUGUCGAACUUCGUUCCCAGCUAGGUCUUGACAAUAUCCUACGUGACAAUGUAGGGCUUUUCAUGUGCUCCGUAGCCGAUAAGCAGGGAUAUGGAGAAGCUCUGCGCUGGCUUGCUCAAUGCAUCUAA